CCUCUCGCUCCCAAAUCAAGCCUCUGAAGAGCCUGCGCCGAGCUGAACGGGCGUCUCUCUAUUCUCCACACCCACAUACUUACAGGCGAAUCGCGCCUUCCCCACAACCCCGCCAGACCCUUCGAUCCUCCCAUACCCCUUCUCUCCUAGGGCCCGCGAUUGAACGCAGCCUCGUGUACAUGCAUCCCAACUUGGGCUUCACCAAACUUCUUCCCUCGUCGCACACGAGACGUAUAAGAUCGUGAUAGACGCGCACACAAAGAAAAGGAUUCACACGCGCCGCAAUGGCGUGGGACCACCUGUCGAUUACGAAGCCGCAUUUGGUCUACAUCAUCCUGGGCGGCUUCACCAGCCUGUUCAUGCUAUGUUCCUCCGUAAUCAAGGAGCGCCUCUACAUUGGUGAAGCCACGGUGGCUACCCUCUGUGGCAUCAUCUUUGGCCCGCAUGCCGCCGACUUGAUAGAUCCCGCAUCAUGGGGCAAUGUUGACCUGAUCACCCUAGAGUUCUCGCGUAUUGUCCUGGUCGUACAAUGUUUUGCCGUAGGAGUCGAAUUGCCGAGAGCGUACAUGGAAAAGCACUGGAAGUCGGUUACGCUGUUGCUUAUCCCCGUCAUGACAUUCGGCUGGCUCAUUACCAGUCUGUUCAUCUGGGGGCUCUUCCAUACCCAUCUGAAUUGGCUCGACAGCCUUUGCAUUGCCGCUUGCGUUACGGCUACUGAUCCUGUCCUAGCCUCCUCGGUCGUCGGAAAGGGCAAGUUCGCGAAACGAGUCCCCAAGCAUUUGCGAGAUUUGUUGUCGGCUGAAUCUGGCUGCAACGAUGGCAUGGCUUUCCCCUUUGUCUACCUGGCCAUCUAUCUCAUCCGCUACCGCCCGGACGCUACCAAGGUCGCUUACCACUGGAUUUGCUACACCGUCCUCUACGAAUGUCUGUUUGGCGCUAUUUAUGGAGUGGUAAUCGGAUAUGCUGCUCGUCGCGCCAUUCGAUGGGCCCACGAAAAAGACCUCAUCGACCGCGAGAGUUUCCUCGUCUUCUACUUUGUCCUCGCCCUUUGGUGCGCCGGCUCGGGUGCUUUGCUCGGUCUAGAUGAUUUGCUCGUAGGCUUUGCUUGUGGAGUAGGCUUUUCGAACGACGGUUGGUUCCUCGAAAAGACCGAAGAAUCGCACGUUUCCAACGUUAUCGAUUUGCUCAUCAAUUUGGCCUUCUUCGUUUACUUUGGCGCAAUCAUUCCUUGGGGGCAGUUCAACGCCCCAGAGAUCCUCGGUUUGUCACCAUGGCGCCUCGUUGUUCUAGGCCUCUUGGUGCUCUUCUUCCGCCGCUUACCCAUUAUGCUAUUGCUCAAACCCGUCAUACCCGACAUCAAGACCUGGCGAGAAGCUUCCUUCGCUGGUCAUUUCGGGCCUAUCGGAGUCGGUGGCUUAUUUGUUGCUAUCCUUGCAAGAGCCGAGCUAGAGACCGAGUCAACAACGCCCUUGGCUGUACUCCCCGAGGAAGGAUUCGAGCACUUGAACAUCAUCGAGAUGAUAUGGCCAAUCACAUGUUUCCUCGUAAUCGUCAGUAUCGUUGUUCACGGUAGUUCAAUUGCUGUAUUCACCCUGGGCAAACGCAUCAACACGCUCACAAUCUCUCUCUCGUACACCCAGGCGAACGAGGAUGGACCUGGCUGGAUGGACCGUCUUCCUCGUAUCCAGUCCCGCUCGAGAUCGUCCAUGUCUGUUGGUCGGCGUCCAUCCGAGUCGUCGAUUGAUGAGAAGGCAGAAGUGACUGGGCCAGGUCUGCUUCCUUCAACUGGCUUCGCGGGCACCUUUCUGCGUCGCCAGAAAGAGGAAGAGAACGCCAGUCGCUCCAAUUCAGUCCGUGCCACCAACCGGCGGAAACGAUGGGAUGCCGGUCGAGGUCCUGGUGGACCAAUUUCUCAGUCUGCUAUUGCUCCUUCUAGACGCGAUGAGGAGAAGGCAGAGGUCACAUCACCAGAACAAGAUACGGACACAUUUGCUGACAAUAUGGCUGCUUCCAGCGAUAGCUCGUCAAGCGGAAAAGAGAAGAUGAAGAUGCGCGAACCAGAAGAGGAGAUAUAUCAAGAGGGCGACAAGACCAUCAUCGAAGACCAUGAAGGCAAUGUUCUCGAAGUUCGGGAUAGCAACGGUGAGCACGGGAGACAGAGGCAGGAGCAUGAUGCAGACAGAGCGAAGGAACUUUUGGUGGAAGAGGAUGUUGAACACGGUGUCGCGCAGAAAGAGCAUGGUGGCAAGCUUGAAGAAGCUCCUGGAAAGAUAGAGGAUGCCAUUGAGCAUCCUCAAAAGACCUGGCGAAAACGAAUGCAGAGCUUUUCCGGGAAACAUCAUCACCAUCACGAGGACAAUGUCGCAGACUCUUCAAAGGCUCAAAAACCCACGCGGCAACGUGGGCCAGCUCUGGCCUACCAAUUUGGUAACACCAUUAUUGUCGAAGAUGAAGAUGGAGAGGUUAUCAAGAAGUACGACAUACCCUCUGCAUCCAAGAAAGAACAACGUCCUGGAACACAGCGUGGCCAAACUAUGGUGGAGUCUUCUAGUCGCGCUAUCCAGAGCCUAAAGAGGAUGGGAACGCACAUGGGAAUACCAACUCACCAAGAAGCCGGGCCAUCUGGCACUGAAGGCACUGAGGGCAAGAAGAAGAAGCCAACUGACGAUGAUGAUGAUGAUGAUCUUCUUCGCUUCACUGUCAAUGCCGGUGGUCGCAGGAUGAGCAAAAUGGAGUUUAUCCAGCAAAUGGCUCAGAUGAAUCCGAAGGAUCGUGCGAAAUUUGUUCAGAAUAGCGACGUCCCUGACGCUGUCAAGACGGCGGCAGAGCAGGAUGCAAGGGAUCACAAGGACGCUCAGCGUCGACAAGCAGCAGCGACGGAAGCAAAUGUUCCUCCGGUCGUUGGCGAAGAGGGCGAGGCUGAGAUUCAUAAGAUCGAGUCGCCUGUAGCAGACAAGGAGGGACGCGCUCGCGGCCCUGAAGGCUUGACGCUGGUCGACAGCAACAACGAAGACGUACCGUUCCACUCGGUGCGAGAAGACCUAGCUAGCUACUCACUUGCCCAGAAGGAUGAAACCGCUGCACAGCGCCGCCGCCGUCUAGCGUCUGAACAGUCACAACCCACUCAGCAAGAACCUCGCAACGACUAUUUCGAGGCAGCUUCUGAAGAGGAGACCCCUGCGGAACGCCGUCGUCGCCUUGGCGCCCUGAAAGGGUCCUCUUCACCACCACCACCAACCACACGCAGACCGCGGUCCCUCUCUCCCGAGAGCAAACAGGGGCCCCAGGAAAACGAAAGUUUCGAUGGUGAAACAGCAGCAGAGCGCAAACGUCGUCUCGGCGCGCUUGGAGUAGGUGAAGAUGACUCGCCAGAGUCGGAUUCUGAAGACGAGGAAACCGGCGACCCGCUCGAGACGGGUCGUGGAACGCAUUCGAGAGCAGGCGAGCAGAAGCAGGCUCUGCCACCGCCUCGAGCACCGGGCAUCCGAUUUGCAGAUCAACCUCGUAUACCGACCAAGGAUGAGCGCGCUGCCGAGGAUGCCAAGGAGAAAGAGGAGAGAGAGACCGGCAAGAAGAGUGGGCUGAGUAAGCUGAUGCGAAGAAAGUAAAGUAUGUUUUGUUACUUCUUGUAGUAGAUCUAUAUCCAAGGGUGGUAACAUGGAGCCGCGGCGUUUUGGUUCUUUUUUUUAGGAGGGUGAAGUUGUCGUUCGAUACAGCCGUGUUCGCAUUUCAGCGUGCAUAGAAAUAGACGAGCAUAUGGAGGCAUGUUGGUUGGCAUGGAGAAGAUACACACAGGGAGGAUUUGCCAAUGAUUAGAUUUAAUGCAGCAGUUACUCCAUCCAGAUCAUGUUGAACAUCAAUAGG